AUGUCUCACCAGAAGCGAGACUCAGAAACUGGUGAAUGGCCUACUGCUAUGCAAGUUUGGAGGGCUACAUAUCAAAAGGCUGAUGGGACAUGGUCUAUUCCAACGGGUGGAGAAAUAAUGCCAAACCAUUCACGUUGUGUUGGCAUUCGUGUUGUAAACCGAGUGGCUGAGGAAAGAAUCAGAUUGCAAGCGCAAAUUGAGGCUUCUGAACAGCAUGAAGCUACAGCUCGAGCACGUGCAGAUGCUGCUGAGCAACGUGUUGAGGCUGCUGAGCAACAAGCACAAGCUUUGGAAGGCCAAGUUUCCGUGGUGGUCGAAACAAAUGCACAACUGCAAGAAGAGCAGCAAUCCCAACGUGACGAGCUAAGUUCUUUGUGUCAAGCACAGAGUGGAGAAGUUGCUCGCCUAGUGAGAGAACAACUUGAUCAUCAAAUGGCUGAAUUAUUUGAACGCAUUGGUGCCUCGCGGCCUCCAGCAUCUUAA